UUGUAAAUUCAAAGAAAAACACAAACAAUGUCUUCCAGUAGUUUGCUCUCAUCAAUCCGGACUCACUCAAUAGAAGAUGCCCUUAGACCCAUUGCACAGAAGGUGUAUGAGCUUCAACGUGCAGCAAUGGAAUAUCAGUCUACUCGUGCUCCUGUAAAUAUUAUCAGUCAAGCUCAGUCUGUCUUUGAAGCUGUUGAAAAACUUGAACAGGCAGCUACCGAUCAGUUAGGGAAAGAGGUAUUGGAGCAACCAGACUACAAGCAGAGUCUUGACACUGCAUACAAGCAAAGUUUUGAAGGAGCCAAAUCCCUCCUAAAGGUGGCAGAUAAAAUGAGAGAUGGGAGCAGUUUAGAACCUCCUGAUGCAAGCUGUAAAAAUUUACAAGAUUCUGCAUGUGAGAUACUUGAAGGAACAGUAAAGCUUCUCUUGCUUUGGGAUGAAAGUCAAGUAGAAAAGAUUAUACGUAUUGCAAAAUGGACUAAUGACUUACUGAAGACAGUCCAAACUGCACAGUCUAUGAGAGGUUUAGUCGUUUGCUACGAUGGAUUUUCUAAAGUAAUGAUGAAGCUGAUUGAAGUCAGCACUCAAAGAUAUCAGGACCUCAUCAGUAUUCAAAGAAAGAAAAAGAUAUUUUCAUGCCUUCAAACAAUACGCAAGCAUUUGCCUCCGCUCUCUCAUUCAAUGCAGAAUUUUAUUAAAAAUCGUGAAUCACAUAACAAGAAAGAAAAGAACCGUCAUGCAAAAGCCAUUGAAAAAGCAAUUAAAGGAAUUGUGGAUGCUGUGAAUGGAACUCUAGAAGAAGAGGAGGAAGAGGAGGAGGAGGAAGAGGAGGUAGAAGAGGAGGAGGAGGAGGAGGAAGAAGAGGAAGAAGAGGAGAACAAGGACAAUGAAGAAGAAGACGAUGAGAUUUAUAAUAUUUCUGAUUCUUCUGAUAACAUUCUAGACACUGAUCAAGAAGAAGAUGAGGCUGAAGAAACAAUAGCCACUCAAGUCCAACAACUGCAGCGUAGGCUGUCCCUGAAGGAAAGGAGGGAGAUCAUUAGCUCUGAACUGGACAGAAAUCUUGAGACUAUUGUUAAUAAUUCAAUGAUUGUAGCUCGUGAGAGUAGACCUCAAUUUAAAGAACUCAUCGAGAAACUCUGCAAUGAAGUCAAAGAAAUUAGUAAAGAGCUCAGUGAACAAUACGCAGUUUUGCAAAAUAAUCCAAGCUCUUCAGAGGCUGAGGCACAGUUUGAUGAUACUGUAGAAAAGUUGUGCACAAAGUUGGAGGAGUUAGAUAAGCUGGUUGCUAAUUCAGUAGCUGAUCAAGUUGCUGAUGCAUACGUAGCUCCUUCGGUUCCAAUUGAUGAUCUUGUGAAAGGAGCAGUGACAUCAUCGUCACCAGUUGAAGAAAUGUCGAGUGAAUCCACUGAAGGUUUGAGUAAGAAAGUUGAAGUAUUCCGACAACAUUCAAGGAGACUAAGUGAAGUAGCCAUCAAUGCAGCACAAGGGACACUGAGUAGAAGAAGAUCAAAAAGGAUAAAACGACUCACCAGUCAGCUUGAUGAUUUGACAAAGAAGGUUACAUCUGCCGCCGUUAAAGUCAGAAAUAAUCCACACGACAGAGAAGCAGAUCGACGUCUCAACGAAUUAAGAAAUGAAUGGCAGAAAAAGGUGAAGGAACUUACUGCAGCCAUUGAUGAAAUUAUUAAUGUAACUGACUUCACUGCUGCUACUGAGGCCACCAUUGUCGGUGAUAUGGAAAAAUGUAGGACAGCCAUGGAGAAGAGGAAAUGGCAUGAAGUUGCAGUCAUUGUCCACGAAAUAGCAGCAAAGGCAAGAAGAUUCUCUGACGUUUCUAAAAAUAGAACAAAAUCGAUACCCGACCAGCAAUUGAAGAAAAGCAUAAGAGGAGCUAUCACAAAUCUUGAAUUAGCUGUUAAAGAGAUGGUGGAUUGCGCUCAAAUCAUAGCUACUGGCAAUGUUACAGAACAAGACACUCAUAAUCUGAUACAAGCACUCCAACAUGUACUGGAAUCAAUGCAUGCCAUACAAGAGCUACUACCUGACACACUGGAACCUUCUCUGUCCCACGAGAAUAGCACCACUUCAGUUAGCAGUGGACUGAUACCUCAAUAUCAGUUUCGGCCUUCACCAUUAGUAGCUACAGGAGGAGAGAGAAAAGAGGCUCAAACAACUCUCUCACUCUCUCCCUCCCUCCUUCAAUCAUCUGAAGAGGUAACAGAGCACUUCCCUGUUCAGCCACUCUCUCCAUCAGAUGAAUGGAUCAGUUCUCCAUCAUCCACUGAGCCUCCUUCUUCACUGUUUGGUCCAACUGAUCCUUCAAUACAUGAUGAUGAAAUGAUAACCAAGAAAUGGACAACUAGCACUCCUCAUGUACCGACCCAGCCACCUAUUACUUAUCCACACUCACUUGGAGGAGCUGGAGAUAGAUACAAUCUAUCUCAUUUGGCUUCUUCUUUUGGAUGGCAGGAGAGUCAAACUCCAUUCAUUGAAGAGAAUACAGAGCUUUGCCAUAUUUAUACAAAGCCACUGGAGGAUAUGGUUCAAGCAGCAACUGAAGGAAAUCAAAAACAACUUCAAGAGAAAGCAGCAGAGUUUGCAAUGAAAGCACAGGAACUGAGCAAACUAGCAGAAACAGCUGCAAGCAAUUCAAGAAGCCAAGAAGUUGCACGAGUGCUGAACAAAGAAUCAGCUAAUAUAACUUAUCUGACUCCUCGAAUCAUUAAAAAAGCAGAAGAAGUAUUAAAUAUGGAAGAAGAAGAGGAGGAAGAAGAAGGAGAGAGCUUACAAGAGCUGGGGCAAGAGUGGACUGGACAUUUAAAUAAACUACUGGAGGCUUCACAAGCAGCUAACAUGCCCUGGUCAAAGUCUGCUAGAAGAUUGGUGACUUCUGCUAAGAAUAGAAGAGGAUUAAACAAAGAAAUUUCUCAUAUUGGGUCACAGACACAAAGAAUGGUUGGGGUUGCCUCAACAACCAUCAAAGCUGCACUAGUUGAGGACUCCAUUGGCAGUACUACCAAUUUAGACAGUGCACAGGACCCCGCUGUACAGAAACAAAUAGAAUCUGUUCAAGAACAUGUGAAGGGCAUUGAGUCAGUGACACCACAAUUUAUAAGCGCUGCAGGUCAAGUAGCUGAAGAUGAACCAGAAGAUGAGAAGCUAUACCUCUUGUCACACCAAUGGGCUACUGCUGCUAGUGCACUAAUGAAGAAUGUUGAUGAUAUAACUUUUGGUAUGAGUGGGCCAGCUGAUGCUUUACUCCUUGCAGCCAAAUCAAAUGAUGCAGAGCUACUCAAGGAGCAAGCAGAAUCAAUUAAAAGACUAGCAGACUCAAUGCUAACUGUGGCCAAAGAUGCAGUUGAAGGGUGUGAUGAUGAGAGUCUUGUUAAGUCAGUGCUUGAUACAGCCCAAGAGAUACAAGAGUUGUCAUCAGAACUGAUACAAUAUGCACAUGAAAUAGCUAGCUUAAAGGAAGUAGAUGAAGAAAGACAUCAACUUGCAGUGGAGAAAGCUGAAAUACUAAAAAGAGAUUGGGCAGCCAAAAUGCACUUACUAACUGCUUAUAUUGAUGACCUGACAGCUAAUGUAGCUGGACCACUUGAUCGUUUGGUUAGUGUCUCGUUGCAAGCAUCAAGAACUGAUGGAAUGGCUAAGGAACACUUACUUGAACAAUUUAAGGAAAAGAAAGAAUUUGCUACUGGCCAGUUGGACAAAGUCAAUUCUGAACUUGAUUGUGUAAUGAAGAAAACAAAGAGCAGCGAUCCACUAGUAAUGAAGUGUAAAAGGAACAUGGGAUUUUUAGUAAGAGUAUUACCACACGCAAUAGGAGCAGCACGAUCACUAUCAGAUGAUCAUAGCUCAAUGAAGCUGGAUCAUUUCAGUCACUUGAGAAGACAAUGGACAGCAAAAGCUCAGAGCUUUCAUUAUGGGAUUGUCUUCAUUGAUGAGAAUGAGUCUGAGAUUGAUGUCAGCCUAGCUCUGAGUUUGUUCAGGGAUCUCUUGCAAGGUUAUGAAACAACACGGACGACGCCAUCAGCGCAGAAGACAUCAAGAUCAAGAGGAAGAGGUGAUGGUAGUGAUAGAAGAGAGAGACAUGGCCAGCAGCAGUACUACUCAACUGAUGACUUACUGGAGCCUCCAAACUACCCUCCACCUCCACCUCCCUUUGUACUAGAUGACUCACAUAUCAACUAUGACAGUACUGGUAAUUCUCCAAAGUUGUCUCAUCCUUGGAAACAAAGUGUGGAAUACAGUCUCCCUCUUGAUACUUCAUUGAAUAGAUCAUUAAUUGGAGCAACAAGACAGCUACAGGAUGUUGUGGAUGAAUUUGAAGAAGAAGGUAACCCUCUAGUGGGACUUGCUAAGAAAAUGACAUCAAGAAUGCUCCAAAUGGUUGCAUACACAAAGGGCCAAGGUCAAAAGAUACAGACAAUGCAUAUACUGUGGAACAGUUACUAG